AUGACGGAUCCGUUAGAACAGAGGUACGCAGUGAAAUUUUGUGUUCUACUCGGCAAAAAUACUGUGGAAACCAACGAGAUGAUUAAACAGGCCUUCAAGGACAAAGCCUUGUCCGAAUCCUCGGUCAGGAAGUGGCACAAGAUGUUCCGUGACGGAAGGGAAGAGGUGACCGACGAAGCCCGCUCUGGUCGUCCUUCAACAUCGCGGACCGACGAGAACGUUGACCGUGUGCGUCAGCUUCUCAACGAGGAUCGUCGUCAAGGAGUGCGGUUGAUAGCACAGACCCUCAACAUCGCCAAGUCGACCGUGCAUCGCAUCGUGACCGAGGAGUUGCACAUGCGCAAGGUGUGCGCCAAGCUGGUGCCAAAAGUGUUAACGGAUGAGCAAAAGGACUUGCGGGUGCUGCGCUGUCGUGAACUGUUGGACUUGUGUGAACGUGAUCCGGACUUUUUGGAUACAGUGAUAACAGGAGACGAGACCUGGGUAUUUGAGUAUGACCCGGAGACGAAGCGCAUGAGUGCGGAGUGGCACACCUCGGCGUCACCCCGUCCGAAAAAGGCCCGGAUGAGCAAAAGUCGAGUGAAAUACAUGCUCAUUGUGUUUUUUGACGUGCGCGGUGUCGUCCACCACGAGUUCGUGCCCCAAGGACAAACUGUGAACUCCGCUUUUUACGUGGAAGUGCAAAAGGCUCCGGCAGAGGGUCACUCGCGUGCGGCCAGGAAUGAAAGACACGUGGCGGCUGCACCAUGA